UAAGUCACUUAUCCACGAACAUUCCAGUGACACAUGUCGAGUGGAGGGGAAAGGAAACACAAAAAGACACAGAUGAUCUCCGUGUUCAAGAAAGACGGACGUUGACGUGUUACUAUGCCCCCUUUUGGCUGCUCCGGCUUGUCGUCAUUAUUAUUGUUAUUAUCAUCGCCAUCAUCAUCAUUUCCCACAUUUUUCACCAAACCAUUCAUCGCUAACUUGACUGGGAUCUUCUACAGUUCUCUCACCACCUCCAAACUCGCCCAGCUCCAGGGAGAUCGCUUCCGGUUCACACCGAUCAAGACCACUCGCGACAUCCCUCGUGUUUGGGAUCGCCAACCCUCGACUCCAUUUCUGUCGCGUCCCCGGUCGCGCAAGGUGUGGAAGCGCUUUCGCUCUUCGUUUAACAGUAUGAAGUCGCUGCAACGGUUGAUCGCGACCGGGCAGGAGUGCGUCAAGGAAGACUUCUACUUCACCGAGAUCAACACCUCGCGAAAUGCGACCAGUAUGCGUGGCGUAAAACGACGCUGCUUGUCACAGGACGACUCCGAUGAGACGACAUCGCGUGGUCGGUCAUUCCUGGAAACGCAGUGGGAGUCUAAUCUUAUUACCGGGCGCCGACGCAAGAUCCCGACAAAGUACGGUCUCGUGGACGAGUCCGAGCCUAUGACCGUCGAGACGUUGCAGCCCGAAGAGGCGCAGGGUCAAAACAAUGAGGAUGAGAUCGCGUCGGAUACGUCCACGUCGGUCGCGCAAAACUCCGUGGAACAGGACGAAUCCCGGACAGCCAUCGCGUUGGCGCCGCCUUUAGCCUAUCCCCGCGUGCUACAUGGCCAAUCCAGCGCUGCCCCGAGUGAGACCGACGAAACCGUCGCGAAUAUAAAGGAGACGGCAGAUUUCGACUCGCCCCAGAUUAAUCUACCCAGUUCCCGGCUUGGGGACGAAAGCGAUCUCCCGGCUUCGAUUGCAACUGCGACCGCGACCGCGAUAACUACGACUGAGGCUGAGGAUGCAACGCUGGAUGCGACUAUGACCGUUGAUCGACAGUCUCAUUCUCUGGAGGAACACCCGAGCACCGACGAGACCGUUGCAGCGGACGGCACUCCUCCUGCAGCUGCAGCUGCUCCUGCGCCCACAACCGCUCCGGUGCAGGAACUCACUGCCGAACAAGAGUCGACCCUGGUUCGGUCGGCACUACGAAGCUCAUUGGAUGGGGAGGACGCCGCGCUGAUAAACAACUUCCUUACCAAGGCGAAGGCCAAACGCGACGCCAAAGCGGCCGCUCCAGUCACGCCGGAAAUCGAGGAAGGCCAGACUUCGCCCCCGCUGGAGAUCGAAGUCACCGAAAUGCCUACGCCACCUUCUCGUCGGGCCUUGGAGGAUCUCGACACCAAUUCGCCCUCCCCUCAGAAGUCUCAGCCCUCGCCGAUCAAAGGCUUUGUGAAUAACGUCAACAAGAAAGAUGAGCAGCCUCCCUCCAGUCCCCGUCGAAGCGCCCGCAACAGCACGCCCAAGCCUUCUUCGCGCCGGACGCCCGGUGUUAUUCAGAACACACUUUCGCUCCGGCGCUCCAACGGGACCGAAUUUGUCUUCCUGCAACGAUCGGAGGCUCAGGAGUUGGCGUUGGCGACGCGACGAAACACGCGAAAGAACAAAGGAGAAUCGGUACCUCCAAAGUUCACGCUGCAGAAGUUGGCGCAGACAUCAUCCGACUCCGACAGGGUCGUGACCGAUAACGACGAGUCUGCGCAUAAGCCUGGUCGACCGGCAGCCGGGAAGAAGCGAGUCUCGUGGAGCGAGCACCUGGUCGAAUAUGAGGGGGAACAGAAUGGAGGCACGAGACCCGGCGAUGACGUUGGUGGCCGGGGAGACAGGUCGCCGAGUCGCAGGUCCGAGAAAGGAAAGGCGAACAGUCGGCGCGUCACUCGCUCGCAGGGCUCCCCCGAGAGUGGUGGUGACGGAACUUCCACUACUGCACCCGCUACUGCAACUCCUCGUACGCGGCGGGUCCGACGCCUGGGAACAAGCAAAUCAUCGGCCACGGCCGCAGUCGCGUCUCUUGAAUCGAGUCCGUCGUCGCUAUCACCCAGUCCGGAGAAGCGGAAAAAGCUGACUCCGCGGUCGCCUAGCACAACGUUGCUGGGGUCGUCGACGUCGAAGGUGAGCAGCACCAGUCGAUCCUCGGGAAGUGGCAGCACUGGCAAAAGUGCCAGUAUCUUCCAGACACAUGCAGGCUCAACGCCGAUGCCUAGAAGAGUCCGAUCGGCGCGGUUGGUGUCGUGAGCCGCUCGAUGAAUUCUCUGUGUGAUGGCUGGUCCAUCCAUUGUGUUUGUCUGCCGUGAUGAUGCUAUUUUCCCGCUGGACGGGGGUUGGAAAAGGGGGAUGCUGUACAUAGUCAUAAUAUCAGGGACUUGGAAAGAUCGUCGGGCCUGACGAAUUCGGGAUAUCGGCGGCGUUCAGGGCAGGGUUAGUUAAGGCUCGGAGUUGGGAUAUCUCGCCAUGGGGGCGUGUCAAUCAAUUCUCAUCUUGCUUUUCAUUUGAGUCCAUGAGUCCAAGAAUCCAA